CUUUUUAAAUCUUUGUUCAGAUUUAUAAACAUACCCAAGCAUUGAAAAUGGAUUACGAAGUUUGUAAUUUGUUACAAUCGUGGGGAUUAGGAAGCUAUACUAACCUAUUCAGAGCUAAUUCCAUCACAUACACGACUAUGAUGUCACUUGGUACUGCUGAAAUAAGGGAACUAUUUCCAAUUAUGGGACAUCGGGUUAUUUUUCAACGAAACUUGGAUAAUUUGCGAAAUAUAAGACAACCUAAUGUUUUAGUUUAUGAGACUCCAAAUAUUUAUGUUGGAGGCUUUCAGGAACCCAGCAAUACAUAUUUUGUGUCAAAUGGAUAUGUUGAAGAUGAUUCAGAUGCGGUAUUGUUUUUCUAACAUAAAUUUAAGCUCAACUUAAUUUUCUUAUUCAUUACUUAUUAUUUUAUGCCUAAAUUUAAUUUAUACGACUUUUUCUUUAAAAAGUUAACACAAAUA